GUAGGUCAGUCCCUUGGCUCCAGCUGCACUCACGUGUGGCCACUGCUCACCAUGCACAUAACCCAGCUCAACCGGGAGUGCCUGCUGCACCUCUUCUCCUUCCUGGACAAGGACAGCAGGAAGAACCUGGCCAGGACCUGCGCUCUGCUCCACGACGUGUUUGAGGAUCCCGCACUCUGGCCCCUGCUGCACUUCCGUUCCCUCACUGAACUCAAGAAGGACAACUUCCUCCUGGGCCCGGCGCUCCGGAGCCUCUCCAUCUGCUGGCACUCCAGCCGCGUGCAGGUGUGCAGCAUCGAGGACUGGCUCAAGAGUGCCUUCCAGAGGAGCAUCUGCAGCCGGCACGAGAGCCUGGUCAAUGAUUUCCUCCUCCAGGUGUGCGACAGGUGCCCCAACCUGGCGUCCGUCACGCUGUCCGGCUGCGGUCACGUCACCGACGACUGCCUGGCGCGCCUCCUGCGCUGCUGCCCGCGCCUGCGCGCGCUGCGCCUGGAGAACUGCGCGCGCGUCACCAACCGCACGCUGGCGGCCGUGGCGGCGCACGGGCGCGCGCUGCAGACGCUGCACGUGGACUUCUGCCGCAACGUGAGCGCGGCCGGCCUGCUCCGCCUGCGCGCCGCGUGCCCGCGCCUGGCCCUGCGCGCCGAGCACAGCGCCGCCAUGCUGCCCGACCAGGCCCCGCGCGCGCCCGCCGCGGGCUCCCGCAAGCCGCCGCCGCGCUAGGCCCGGCCGCCGGCGUCAGACCGUCCUGGCUGCGAAGCCCGCUCCUCCACCUCCCGGACCGCCACGUCUUCGGAACCUCAGCGUCCCCGUCUGCACAACGCCUACCUCACUUGACAAUUUUAUACAUGGGAUGAACGCGAGAUUAAAUGACCGAUGCCUGGAUAACACUCGGCUGGUUCUCACUAACCACCAGCCGCCCCCCCUCCUUCCGCACCAGGCCCCCUCCGUGCUGCGGGAGCGCCCACACCACCCAGGGACUCCGCUCGCCGCGGGCGGGGAGGGCCUGACCACGGCCACCGCGGGCCGGCCGUGCUCGGGGAAGGCGGCGGGGUCGGGGUUCGGCGGGGUUCGACCUCCCGCACCGGGCGGAGUGACCGCGGCGAGGCCUGACCGCUGCCCGAGGUCCCCUAGCGGCCGAGAGCGCUGCGGCUGUGGGCAGGAGGGGAAGCCGCUCCCACCUGCAGCUUUGCCCGCGCCAGCCCGCUCGCCUUUCCUGGGGCACAAGCGAUUCUAGAACACUCGCUCCUGUAUCUUUCUUUCACAAAUUAAUUAUACACAUUUUCUACUGUUCUCAUAUCAAGUCAUUCGAUAAAACUCGAAGAUUUAAAAAUAAAGCAGUAGCCAUGGAUGAGUCCUUUGAUAAUGGA